CCCCUGACUCGGUUAUUAUCGAACCGGGUAGUCAACAAUCGCGUGCAGACAUCAUUAGAAGAGAUCAGUAAAGCGGCCCAGCAGCCAAGAUGGGGAAAAAGCGGAGCCGGGUGUCGGAGAGGAUCCUGGAGCUCGCCCUGGAGAUCAUCACCCUGCUGACCGGAGAGGAUUAUAUGAUCGUCAGGAAGCCCAGUGACCCCAUCCCCCGUGUGUCAGACGGACCCCCCGGGACCCGGAGCACCAGCCCGGUGCUUCCACCUCACUCGCUGACCCACGAGAGGAACCGCGAGCAGAAGAUCCUGGAACUGACCAACAAGAUGAUGUCCCUGCUGACUGGAGAGGAAUGCGAGGAUUUUGAAGGACGCAGUAAAGCGAAGACGGAGGACCCCCAACCGCCCAGGUCACAGGAUGGAGGAGUUCUCGGAAUCCAGCACGAGGGACGUGACACCACCGUAUCGCUACUUGACCGUGUAACCGAAAAUAGAAGCUUUGGGAAUGUUCCAGAAGAAAAAGACCCGAGAACAAACAAGCCAAGUGAGAGCCUAGCCGCGAAACGCGUGGGAAAGGAACCCUCCCGGCGUGAAGAAAGAAGUCCCAGGGGCACCAUAAUCGGUAUCCAGUCAGAAUAUACACGUAGUGACUCUGAGGAGGAACAAGCCCCAUCGGAAGGCCACGGAGACACCGCUGCUGAGACAAGAAACACGCGUCAGAUCAAAGAGAACGCGGCAUUAAAGGGUGAAGAUGAUCUUAUGGACAACUAUGACCCCACAGAAUGUCCUCCUACAAAAGAGGGAUCAGCCUUGGGUGAAGAAGCGUAUCUCGCAGACAGCGACGGUUACACACCCGGAGAACGUCCGUCUCGUCGAAUUAAAGAGGAACCUACUUCAUGCGAUGCAGGGUCUCCCGAGGAUGAUGAGCAGUCAGAAUAUAAACUGGUCAUUAAGGAGGAAUCGACCUCGUGUGAAGAAGAGGACCUCUCAGACACCGACUUCCACACACCCACCGAAGCCGACCUCAUAAAGGAGGAAUCGUCUUCCGGUAAAGAAGAAGAGACGGGUCGAGAUCUUUGCGAGUCCGGUAAUUCCGAUCCCGCCGCAAACCAGGCAGCCGACAAGCAGCCAAGGUCCUUCAUAUGUUCCUUUUGUGGGAAAUGUUUCACGAGAAACGGAAAUCUUAUCGUCCACCGGCGGAUCCACACGGGAGAGAAGCCAUACGCGUGUUCCGACUGCGGGAAGGGCUUCACCAACAGCUCGCACCUUGCCCGCCAUCAGCGCGUCCACACGGGAGACGGCUUUUCGUGUUCGGAAUGCGGGAAGUAUUACACGGACAAGUCGAACUUGGUGAAGCACCAGAGGAUCCACACAGGAGAGAAGCCGUUCUCGUGUUCGGCGUGCGGGAAAAGCUUCACCGAUAAGUCGAGCUUGGCGUACCAUCAGAAGAUCCACACGGGAGAGAAGCCGUACUCAUGUUCCGAGUGCGGGAAAAAGUUCAUCACCAAGUCCCACUUCCUCAGACAUCAGAGAAAGCACCGAGGAGACCGCUUCUCGUGCGCGGAGUGCGGGAAGUGUUUCACCGACAAGUCGAAUCUCGUCAAGCAUCAGAGGAUUCACUCCGGGAAGAAGCCAUUCUCGUGUCCGCAGUGCGGGAAAAGCUUCCUGGAGAAGUCGAUGCUCGUCUACCAUCAGAGGGUCCACACGGGGGAGAAACCCUUCUCUUGUUCGGAAUGCGGUCGAUGUUUCGCCCAAAGCUCCAGCCGUGUCAGGCAUCAGAGGACCCACACAAAAAGUAACGUGUCCUCGGGAGUCUUCUGUUCCCAGUUGACCCCGCAGCGGGAUCGAGAGAAGCGCGUCUCCCCCGGACACGCCCUCAACUCUAUGGUAACGCAGCCGGGAGGCUGGGAUCCAGUGCGCAUGUGUAGUGCACCUCCAACGUUAAACUACAGCUCCCGUCACCCCACGGGCAGCGGUGACGUCAAAAUAAAGCGCUGCCGGGGCAGAGAGGGUCGGGGCAGUGAGCUGGUCUCUGCUGGUGGGGGCAGACGGAAGUCUGGGUGCUGCGCCGUCGUUACCGGUAGCCCCCUAUCUGCCGGGGUGGUCUCAGCAUUAAAAGUUUACCUGCUGGUCUCGAGUCCCUCCGAAGAGGUGGGCGGACGGGUACCAUCCAUGCUGGGCGACAGAGCUGCUUGCAUCAAAGAACAGAAGAUGGAGGAAGAGGAACUUCACGGUGAUGACACAUCAGCGAUAACCCGGCCUCGGGAUGGAUCUGUGGGAAGUAAAGAAACCAAGGGCUUCCCCAGCCGUAUCCCUAUGCCGGGCGACGAAGGAGGCCCUACGUGUAAUCCGAAGAAGAGAAAAGGCCGGGGCGGGAGAAGAGCGCAAGAAGGCGGAGCCAAAGAAGCGAAUCAGAGCUACACAGAUCAUUCUACACGCGAAGAACAUACAAAGCACGCAGAUGCCGGUAUUGAGGAGGAAGAAACCUCGCGCGGGGAAGGAAGCGAAGAAGAGUCCCUCUCGGGCGAAAGGGGACUUCUGACCGUUUGUAUAAAGGAGGAACCGCGCUCGGAGGACGAAGAGGCGGAAUACAGAACGGUUAUCGUCAAGGAGGAGUCCCCGUCCGGAGAUGAAGGAAACCUCGUGGAACAGACGCGGGUAGAAUAUAAAACCGUGGUCGUCAAGGAGGAAUCGGACUCCUUCGAUGAAGACGAUGCCACCGACGCGGAAGGAAUGCCGAUAGAAUACACCACUUUCAUCGUGAAGGAGGAAUCAACCUCGGGCGAAGAAGGAAACCUAGCAGACGUGACGGAAGAUGGCGACCACCCGAAACACCAAGAUCUCAAGAUGCAUGAGAGGAGCCGCGCAGGGGAGAAGCCCUUCUCCUGCCCCAUAUGCGGGAAAUGCUUCGCCCAUGAGUCGGGUCUGGCGUGCCACGAGCGGGUCCACGCCUCGGAGAAGCCGCACGCCUGUUCCGAAUGCCGACGGCGGUUUAUUACCAAAGCGCAUUUGGUGAUCCAUCAAAGGAGCCACACGGGAGAGAAGCCUUUACCGUGUGCCGUGUGCGGGAAACGCUUUGCCGUGACGUCGAGUCUGGUUAAACACGAGAAGAUUCACACGGGAGAGAAGCCGUUCUCACGCUCUGCGUGCGGGAAGCGUUUCAGCCAGAAGUCCGGUCGCGUUUCGCAUCAGGAGAGUCACGCCGUCGAGAAGACUUUGGCCUGCUCUGUGUGCGGGAAACGUUUUCCUGACAAGUCGGAUCUCCUUAACCAUCAGAGGACUCACGGCACGGAGAGACCGUUCCCGUGUCCCGAGUGCGCCAAGCGGUUUAACACCAAGUCGCAGCUGGUCCAGCACCAGCGGGUUCACACGGGAGAGAAGCCGUUCUCCUGCUCUGUGUGCGGCAAUUUUUUUACCUUGAAAUCCAGUCUUGUGAAGCAUCAGAGGACGCACACUGGGGAGAAGCCCUUCGCGUGUUCAACGUGCGGGAAGUGUUUCACGUUCAAGUCAAGUCACGAUCAGCAUCAGAAGGUCCACACGGGAGAGAGACCUUACUCGUGCUCCGAGUGCGGGAAGCGCUUCAGCACCAAGUCGCAUUUCUCUAGGCAUCAGAGCAUUCACACCGGGAAAAAAACCUUUGUGUGUUCCGAAUGUGGCAAAGGUUUCACCGACCGCUCAGGACUUAUUUACCAUCAGAGGACUCACACAGGAGAGAAGCCGUUCUCCUGUUCCCAGUGCGGGAAUUCCUUCGCGGCAAAGUCGAGCCUUCUGACGCACCAAAAGAUUCACGCGCGGGACAAGCGCACGACAUUUCCUGUUCACAGCAGGAAGCGCUACCCGUUGCUCAGUGCGCAGUCGCAGAACAUCCUUUCAUUUCCGAAGAUUCUCCAACUUUGGCAGAAUCCAAUUUUAGAGACCCCAAUAAACAAGGCGGCUGUGUACGUUCACUGCCACGCAACGUCACUUCCGCUUAUCGGACGUCGGAAGAAACAGGAUAGACGGACGGACGGGUCGGACGCGAUGAUCAACAGCAGGAGCCGGGUGGCCGAGAGGAUCCUGGACCUCACUCUGGAGAUUCUGUCUCUGCUGAUCGGAGAGGAUUAUAUUAUUAUGAAGAAACGUGGUGGCCCCGUCAUGUGUAGAAGGAGUCACUAUGUGUCAGACGGACCCCCCAGGACCCGGAGCCCCAACUCGAAGCCUCCACCUCACUCGCUGACCCACGAGAGGAACCGCGAGCAGAAGAUCCUGGAACUGACCAACAAGAUGAUGUCCCUGCUGACUGGAGAGGUUCCUGUGAGGUGUGAUGAUGUCACCGUCUAUUUCUCCAUGGAGGAGUGGGAGUAUUUAGAAGGACACAAGGAGCUUUACAGGGACGUGAUGAUGGAGACCCACCAGCCGCGCGGCUCUCCGGUAGCUGAAUCUGCCUGCGGCGACAUCUUCAUUAAUUCCGGGGAUUGUGGGAAUGAAGAGAAACGCGACCUUCUUCAAACAGACCCUCAGAAUGUGAAUAUAGAAAGUGCGACGACGAGCGAGUCUUUGGAAGAUAUUACAGGGCAGUCAGACCGCGACGCUCACACAUCACAAGAACCUGCGCGGCGGGCUCCUGCUCAUACAUCGCCGACCCCCGUCACGUGGGAAGAUCCGGCAGAUACUCUGACAGAACCCGCGGACCGCACUCCGUCUCAUGUUAACGAGGAAGCCGCUUCCCGUGAUGGAGCUGAAUCUGCCUGCAGCGACAUCUUCAUUAAUUCCGGGAAUUGUGGGAAUGAAGAGAAACGCGACCUUCUUCAAACAGACCCUCAGAAUGUGAAUAUAGAAAGUGCGACGACGAGAGAGUCUUUGGAAGAUAUUACAGGGCAGUCAGACCGCGACGCUCACACAUCACAAGAACCUGCGCGGCGGGCUCCUGCUCAUACAACACCGACCCCCGUCACGUGGGAAGAUCCGGCAGAUACUCUGACAGAAGAUGAGGGUGAUGUCACUGAGGAGACACGGAGGCCGCGUGAUGCCGGGGAGAAGCCGUUCUCGUGUUCGGAGUGCGGGAGGCGUUUUGCCGAGAGCUCAGCUCUUGUCUAUCACCAGAGGACUCACACGGAGGAGCGGCCGUUCUCCUGCUCGGAAUGCGGGAAGACCUUUGGCUGUAAAUCCAGUCUCGUCAUUCACCAGCGGAUCCACACGGGGGAAAAGCAGUUCUCGUGCUCGGAGUGCGGGAAGCUUUUCAGACAGAGCUCAAACCUCAUUAAACAUCAGCGGAUCCACACCGGAGAGAAGCCUUAUUCCUGCCCCGAGUGCGGGAAGAGCUUCGCAGACAGGACGUCCGUGAUUAGCCACCUGAGGACCCACACGGGAGAGAAGCCCUUCGCGUGUGCGGACUGCGGAAAGUGUUUCGCCCAGAGGCACGGCUUAAGAAAUCAUCUGAAGGUUCACGUCCGGGAGAAGUCACAGAUUCCCGAUGCAGAGAAACCUUUCACGUGCCCGGAAUGCGGAGAGUGUUUCAUCCAGAGCUCGGAGCUCACCCAGCACCUGUGGACCCACGCGGGAGGGAAGCUGUUCUCCUGCUCGGAAUGCGGAAAAUGUUUCAACAAGACGUCGAACCUCACUAAACACCAGCGGAUCCACACGGGGGAGAAGCCCUACUCGUGCUCGGAGUGCGGGAGGAGGUUUACAGAAAGGUCCUCUAUGGCCAACCACCUGAGGACCCACACAGGAGAGAAGCCGUUCACGUGUACCGAGUGCGGGAAAUGUUUCUCCCAGAGGCACGGCUUAACGAACCAUCUGAAGAUUCACAUCAGGGAGAGGUCACGGCUAUGACAUCACGGCUAUGACAUCACGGCGCGGUUUUAGUGAAGGCUGAAGAUACAAUACGCGACGAGGGCAGAGAUCGAGGACACACUUUAGAAGACAAUGAUGCCCGCAUUCCACCCCAUACAAUGAGGGCUUUGAAACAUCUCUGCCCCGACGAGGGUUAGCUGGUCCCUGACAUACCCCCCAACUACCUCGACUCCCGCCAUCACAUGCGGUAUCCACGCAAUUAGUUUUGUGAAGCCGUUCCAUCGUUGCAUUAAAGUCUCCGUUUCCUUGUUGAAGAA